AUGCUCCAGACUGGUGACAUGUUCUUUAAGUUGUUCAUUCGCCUGCUUAAUUGCAGCAUUAUUAUCUUCAAUGUCACCGAGUUUCUUGCCAACGUGACCAUUUGUACCGCCGCCGUUUUUCUCGGGAUAGAGAUUCUCAUAUACAUCCGUCGCCUUGUCAAUCGCCCCGGCAAGCACUUUACUGGCCUGCUGAUUCCAGUUGGUCAAUUGGCUGUCAACAUCACUCAGCUUCUCAUGAAGAUCUUUAAUUGCCUUAUUAGCUUCCACAAUCUUCUUAACAUUCCGGCUGAGCUUCUCGUGCACCUGCAACUUGUCGUAGGCCUCCGUGGCCUUCUCAGCGGCACUGUGGCGGAUCUCCUCCGCGGUGGAGAUCCAAUUACUAAGGCUGUCGACUUGUGA